AUGGACAGCUACUCCAUUCCAAAGAUUCUUGCCUCGGCAAGUGUGCUGCUCUGUAUGGCCUCUGCGGCACCUAGCUCCUCGCCGUUAUACAACUCCGUGAUCAAGACCAAGUACGGCGAAGUCCAGGGUUAUCCUGCCUUUAGCAGCGCUCCCACCGGUAACUUGACCAAUUGGAAGGAUAUCACCGUCUGGAAGGGUAUUCCUUUCGCAGCUGAUACUGGAGGCGAUAACCGUUUCCGUGCCCCUCAGAUGGCCAGCUCAUGGAACACCACGCUAGAUGCGAAGUCGUUCGGCAAUGUUUGCCCGUCCGCCACCAGCGACACCAACCUCACCAUUUCUGAGGACUGCCUCAAUUUGAACAUUUGGAGUCCUGCCAAGUCCACUGGUGCUAAAUUGCCCGUCGUUAUGUGGAGUUACCCGGCUGAAUCCACUGCUGCUGAUGCUCUCUUUGACGGCGGUGGGAUGGCCGACAAGGGUAUUGUGUUCGUCAAUUACAACUACCGGACUGGAUCCUUUGGUUGGCUUGGACACCCCGAAUUGAAUGAGGAAUUCUACAAGGUCACUGGCUCCAACAGCUCUGGUAACUGGGGAAUGCUCGACCAGUUUGCCGCCGUGAAGUGGAUUCAUGAGAAUAUCGCCGACUUUGGUGGAAACCCCGACCACAUCACUGUCAUGGGUCAGUCUGCCGGAUCCGCAGCGACUUACCACAUCCUCAACAGCCCUGUCACCAAGGGUCUCAUCAAGGGUGCUAUCAUUGAGAGCGGUGUCCGUGAUCCCCAUGACCCUCUUUGCACUUCUCUUGCCGAAAGUUAUAAGACACAGUCAUAUGUUAUGGCGCAGGGCCUGAACUAUACCGCUGAUAAGAAUGUCAGCACUAUUGCUGAGCUGCGCAAAUUACCUAUGGCUGACUUGGAGGAUAAUGUUCUGGAUGGUUGGAGCUUCGGUGCUACCUUGGACUACUAUGCCAUGCCUGCCAAGUACGCCGAGACUCUGAAGGAGGGAGCUGCCAACAACGUGCCAGUUCUUACUGGUAACACCAAAGAUGAGAGUGGUGCUGAGUAUAACACAAAUAUUACUGUGGCUGAGUACCUUGUGGACUUGGAAGACACAUACACCACUGGUAACUGGUCCCAGAGAUUCCUUGAACUUUACCCUGCCGACAACUCUGUCCGUGCCGAUGGCGCCUACAACUCUAUGUUCACCGACCGAUCCAAGGUAGGCACCUGGAUGUGGGCUCAGCUCUGGGCCACUUCCAGCACUAAAAAUGUCUUCAGCUACUUCUGGGAUCACGCCCCGCCCGGCCAGGACCAGGGUGCCUACCAUGAAUCUGAGAUUAAUUACGUUCUUAACAACCUCUACGCCACCGACAAGCCCUGGAAUGCCAAGGACUAUGAAAUCGCUGCCAAGAUGAACGGAUACUGGUCCAACUUCAUCAAGACUGGUGACCCCAACGGUGAUGGUCUGGUUCACUGGUCCGCAACUAAUGACAAUGAGCUUGUGCAUCACGUUGGUAACGGCUGGGGUCCCAUCCCCGUGGCCUCUGAGGCUAAGGUCCAGCUGUUCAAGGAGUGGUUUGCUUCUCUUCGGACCUACUAG